AUGGAUCCCUGGGCGAGUCCGUGGGGCAGCGAUGCGCCGGCGGCGCUCCCUGAGCCGGAGCCUGUGCGGAUCGUCGCUCCAGUAGGCAUCGCAGACGACGAGCCGUGGGGGAGUGCAGCGCUGGACGCGGCGCCGAAGAAGGAGGAGCCGGAAACGAGCAAGGACCACGGACGCGUCCCGCCCACGCUCGGCCACGACGCGUUUGGCGCGAGUGCGCUCACGGCAGACGCAUUUGGCACGAGCGCGCUCACGGCGGACGCGUUUGGCGGCUCUGGAUUCGGCACCGAGUCCUUUGCGAAGCUCUCGCUCGAUGAUGACGUGCCGGCGUUUGGCGCAAAAGCGGACGCGCUCGCGCUCGAUCCAGACGUCGCGAAGCUCUCGACCGAGGCCGCGGCGAUCGAGGAGAACGUGUGGGGCGGUGGCGACACGAUCCAGACGCGUGUAUGGCGCAAGGAUCACGAAGAGGAAGAGGAGGAAGAGGCGGCGGAUGGCGAGCACGACACCGAGGAGCACGGCGCCGAGGAGCACGACGCCCCUGACCGAGAACCGAAUCAUGACACGCACGGCGCUGCGCCGAGCUCUGCUGUCGACGGCACGCGCGAUACACCGGCCGCGCCUGCUGAAUCCAAACCCUCUGAUACCACGCCGAAUACCAACGACGCUCCGGCGUCGACCAUCUCGCGCCUUUCGUCGGCGAUCGGCACAUGGCGCCGGCGCCAGCCCGAGGCGCCCAAGCCCGAAGAGCAGCAGGGCUGGAAACGCGUCGCGCCGCCACAGACGUCGACCAGCAAGCUGAGCAGCUGGCUCGGCAAAAAGUCGGAGCCCGGCACGCCGACGACCGAGUCGGCGCCCGGCGGGAUCCUGCGUGGCUGGCGCAAAGGCACCGCGUCUCCCGCCAAGCCCGCGUCGCCCGCGCCUGCGUCGCCCGCGCCCGCGUCGCCUGCAAAGCCCUCGGCGAAGCCUGCGACGCUCAACGAUGCGGACCUCUCGUGGCUCGACACUGCAUCCGCGCCCAAGCGGCGCCCCCGCGACGCGCCUGCGCGCCCCCUGUACGAUACGCACUACGACGACCCCGGCGCGCCCGAUGCGAUGUACGCGCCGAGCGACCCCCACGAAUUGUACUCCCCCGAGCUGUCGUUUGGCGACGAGCACGGUUUCGGGGAUCCGUACAAGUACGACCCCGACGUGAUUGACGCGGCCGAGGCGCCGCGCACCGGUCCGUUGGUCGACCGAGGGCGUGGCGAGCGCUAUGGUACAUUGCAGCAGUAUGAAGCGCCCAAGCGUGCUAUGAACCUCGCGUACAAAGACGCGCCGAGCACCGCGUACACCGACGCGCCCAAGAAACACAUCAAGCCGCUUGCGCCGCCGCCACCUCCCGCGCGUGCGCGCAACAAGGUAGACUUGCUGAGCACGUCGCCCCCCCCCGCGCCGCUGGCGGGAGGCAAGGCGACGACGUCCUCGACGCAAAACUCGCUCACGUCGGCGACGCAGCGCCCAAAGCCCGCCGCAUCCUCGCGUCCCGGGCAGCUGUCCAACGCCGAUCUAGACUUUUUCGAGAGGUUAUAG